CGAAAGCUUCAGAGAGCGGGAUCUCUCGCGGCUCAGAGCCCCGGAGCCGCAGGCCGCAGCGCUGCCAGUGUGCGGCGCGCCGUAGCCCGAGGAGGUUGUGCCCAGGAAUGCUUGCGCCAUGGAUGUGUGGAGCGUCCCCGCGUGCGUGCGCGCAGCCCCCGCGCCCAUGAGCAUCCCGCCCGGCGAGUACGCUCUCAACUUCUACAACCCGCCGCUGGCAGCGCCUGUGCCAACCCUGAACGCCAAUCACCGAGAUCACGCGGCGGUCUCUGUCGCCCGCGGGCAGAGUGAGCGCGACGGCGCAUUCGCGGAAGAAAGUGCUCCGUCGAGUUAUGUAACGAGAUACACACGGGCAAUUUGUGCGCCUGCUUCUUCUACAUCUGAGCCGAAUAAAGGGAAACGACAGAAAACAGGCGGCGAGGCUAGUGGUGCAGCAAACAACGCGGCGGCUGGUUCAGCCAGCAGCUCGGUGAGUGGUUCGGCGAGCAACGCGGCGGGUGGAUCAGCCAGCAGCUCGGCGAGUGGUUCGGCGAGCAACGCGGCGGGUGGAUCAGCGAGCAGCUCGCCGAGCGGUUCGGCAAGCGCCUCGGCGAGCGCCCCGUCGAGCAGCCAGGCCGUGAGCUCGGCCGCCGGCUCCAGCUCUGCUGCUACUGCCAUCACCAGCUACGUAAAAGCGGCACCGCCCUGCAAGGUCUGCGGGGACAAGGCCUCGGGAUACCACUACGGAGUGACCUCCUGCGAAGGUUGCAAGGGAUUUUUCCGUAGAAGUAUUCAAAAGCAGAUCGAGUACCGCUGCCUGCGCGACGGGAAGUGCCACGUCAUCCGACUGAACCGCAACCGGUGCCAGUUCUGCAGGUUCAAGAAGUGUCUGGCGGUAGGCAUGAGCCGCGACUCCGUUAGAUACGGACGAGUCCCGAAGCGGACUCGCGAGGAGGCCAACGCGUCGGAUGGCGCUUCGUCAGCGAGUGGCAGUGGAAGCUCCGCCGCCUGCUCCGCUGCCAGCCCGCCCAAGGAGCCGCGCCUGGAAGUGGUAGAAGUCGUGCAGGAGGACGCAGCACUGGAACUGGCGCGCAUGCUGCUGGCCGCGCACCGCUCCAGCAACACUUACACCGACGAGCUCAAGAGCACGCUGGAGAUCAGGCCCCUCCAGCUCACCAAAACCGAGGAGGCGAGCGAGGGCAGUAACGACGAGGAAGAGGCGGCCAGCUCCACCACUGGCCAGGCGCAGGACAUGUUGGCCAGUCUGUGGUACAACCUCGGCUCCCGAAUGACGCCUGCGGUGCAGCAGGUGGUAGAAUUUGCCAAAAUCAUUCCUGGCUUCAGCGCACUACCGCAGGAUGAUCAGCUUAUACUGAUCAAGCUUGGCUUCUACGAGGUGUGGGCUUCGCGCGCUGCGAGUUUUUUUACAACUGACAACGUUGUAUUCGACGACGGUACAUCGUUCAGCCUCAACCAGUUGGAGACCAUGUACGAAUGUGAGUUUACGCAAAUGCUGUUGGGCUAUGGUUACCGCCUGGCUAAGCUGCGCCUAAGCGAGCAAGAGAUGGCUCUGUACACGGCAAGCUUGCUGAUCUGCCCCACCCGCCCCGGACUUAGCAACCGCCACGAGAUCACUUCGCUCAAUCGAACCAUUGAACAAACGAUGAAACUUAUCGUGGUGCAGACCAACGGGAGGACUGCCCACACGCGCCUUGACGCGCUGGGCUCGCUGGCUCUCGAGGCGCACAGGCUGGGCGGCAAGCAUCACCUGCUGCUGUACUGGUGCCGCGCCAACUGGCAACAUCUGCUGCUGCCGGCGCUCUUCGCGGAGAUCUUUGACAUCCCCAAGGCCGAAAAUACAGAGGAAGAACAUACAGACCCCGCCUUGGCGCAAUGUCGCCUCUUCUAGAUGUUGUCCUGGUCAUUCCCACCGCUGCGUCAACUCGUGGCAACAUAUACUUCAAUGUUAUAAAAUAUCCCAUUUCCAGCUUUCGUAACCAACGCGAUGUAUUUUAACUCAAGCGACAGAUCAGCAAUUUAAUUUUUAAUUCCAUGUAUUAAUUUAUCUGAUAGCUGUAGUAUCUGACAAGGUUCCUAAAUUCCCAAAUUGUGCCAGUUAAAUAAAAUAGACAGUAUGCCUUUGUAUGCAUUUAAGCUGCUUUAUAUAAUUUUAAAUUUUUAAACGCCGCAUCUUUCAAUAGAGAAACAUCGUGGACAAACAAUCAUGAAAAUAUAUUGCUAUUGUAUUUGUAUGUCGUAUAUAUGAGGGUGGCUGCGAUCUUGAUCAUAGAAAAAUCAAAUCGACAACAACGAAACGCAAUAAAUCUAUAAAGAUGGCGUUUCUGAAAAAAAAAUCUUAAUUCAGUGUGAACGACAACAGUGAAUUUUCAUAGUACAUAUACAGUAUAAUCUUAAUAAUAUCACUUCUGAUAUAACAUAGAAGUCAAACUAUAUCUACCAAAUCGCCGCUGGCCUCAAUCUGUGUUAAUGUAGACUAGAUAAAUCUUUUUCAAUUUUUAUUUUUACUUACUUAUUGUUAAAGUUUACCUUUUGUAUGAAUAAGUUGUUGUCUAUUGAAAAUAUUAUUUUCUUGUAGUUAAAAAAUAACUUUUAAUUUGUUUAUUUCUGUUCCUAUUUGUUCAAAUUUUAAUUGUGUUUUAUUAUUAACUAUGUAUGUGUUUAGAAACUUCUGAUGUCUGUUAGUUAUACGGUCAGGUGGUUUCCAAUAAUGCGUAUUAAGGGCUGCAUUCGGUUCGACUGUCCCGUACGGUCUCGAAUAUACUUACAGACUUGUGUAUAACAACUAGCAAAUAUAGCGAGUCUACCUUUAAAGUUGCUGGCGGAAACCAUCAAUCCUAGUUAUUACUAUUAGCAAAUAAGUACGAUGUAACAUCUUACAAACGAUGUAUAAGUAACCUAUUAUUGAUGUGAAAACACUGUAUGGGAUGUACACUUUAGUUCAAUAAAAAUAUAUUAAAAAAUUAAAA